UGUGUGGGCAGGCAUUUGCUGCAAUGCUUUCUCCUACAACACAGGCACCUGCUUCUAGUCACUUUUUUGCGGAUAUUUACAGAGGUCAUUUCUUUUACAAACAAUGGAAAAGUGCCAAAGCUCCAGAAUUCAGUAGCAAACAUCUGAAAGAUGAUGCAGUACUGAUAACUACUGGCUGCUGUCACAGUCCCAUGCACUAAGAAGCUGAGAUUGACGGAAACUGGUUUCCUGUCUUUUUACAAGUCACACAUGCCACAGCUUGUGGAUGAGCAUGCUUUUCUCUCUUUGUGCUACCAUGCAUAAUUUUGUUUCCUGGUAUAAAGCAGCAGAUGUCUGGGUGAGAGUUUAAGAUGUCCCUAGCAUUUUCCUUAUUUGGGGAUUGCCUGGAAGACUCAUGCAUGUUGGCAGUGAGCCACGUCUCCCUGGUGUGACCUGCCAGUACCCUACUUCUCGGCUGAAUUUCAGGGAUUCUCCAAGAAGGAGUAAUCUGAAGGCAAACCUAGAUCUUACAGUUGUAGGGAAGGCGAUAUCAAGAAGAACAGGCAAUCAGCAUUUGCGGGAAAGGAAAACUGAAAAUCUUCUUCCAGCACAUUUUACAAAGCAUGUGCAAGAAGCUAUCAAAUGUUAUCAGAGUGAAUCCAUUGUUUCUUCAUCAAAUAGUGGACAAUCAACUCCAACUGAGCUAAACAACUCCUGGUCAGGAAUACAAAGCUGUACUACAGGCCUGUCAACAGAACGAAGCUCUGUCUACUCUUGGAGGGAUGAUGAAUUUGAUAAAGCAAAUACACAGAAGGUCCAUCAGUUGUUCUGGGAUGUGGAUGAGAUAUUAUUUGAAGGAAAAAUUAAUUCGCGAACACAAAACUUAGAAGAAGAGUGUAAAGCCUGGACCAAACGAUCCCCUCACCUCAGAAUUCUAGGCCGACAACUACUGCCAUCAAAAGAUGAGGGUUUUCAGCACUUCCAGACAAAAAAAAACAGCUCUGCAGUGACCAGAUCUGCAGCCAAUGUUUGCGAGAGCAACACUGAGCUGAAAGAAUUGUGUCUGUCUGGCCAGAGACUCAUUCCAACAGCUUCACCUUCUCACAGUAUAUCAGCAACUGAAUCCAAUGGGGGUUCUGUUUUUUCUGAGCCAUCAGAAUCUUCUACCUAUUCAUUUUUGGAGGAAGAGAUCUAUGUUAUGGAUGGAAAAAUUGAGGAGUAUUUUGCUUUUGACAGCAAGGAACUGGAUGAUGAUGGUUUGGAACCAAAGAAGACUCUCUCUGUUUGGAAGCAAAAUAAAAGAGGCAUUCCUCCUGUUUCUCCUACCUCAUGUAUCAAAGAAGCUGUGAUGGCUGAAAUAUUUGAUGAGAUUUGGCGGUGUGUGGUAGAAAUGUUAGAUGAGCCGAUCAGAAAACACUGGGAGUCUGGACUUGCAGAUGAUGACAAACACAUGGUUAGCCUGAAGAUAUUUGAUAGCAAGCUGGCGUCUGUGCCAAUAUCCCGUAUUACUGUUGAAACGCUUAGUGUUCCACCAUCUAGAGGCUCUGAAGCACGAAGCACCUUAUUUGGAACACAUUUUAUUCAAUCUCAGGUGCCUCGAACAGCAAAUACUUUCAACAGUGACUUAAAUGGUGUCAUGACAAUUCACGCUAUACCAUUACAGCAGAGGUAUGCUGGAUUAAUUGAGAAAACACAGCCUGAUCAAGAUGAGAAAAGCACAGGAUUAAAUGUUCUGACCUCGGUCAGAAAUCGUCUGGGCAGGAUUUCUGAUCACAGUACCCUUUCUUCAUCUCGAGUGAUGCAGGGAAUGACACGAAAGCAGUCAAUACAACGUAAACUGCCAUCUCUAAAUGCAGACCCUUUGCGCUUGAAGACUGGUAAUGUGUACAGCGAUGAAGUUCUCAGAGGAAAGAAAAUGUAUACUAGCACUGAUCACAUGUCAUCGCUAUCUGCACAGACAAUCCAGAAUAACAAGCUGCCACCAAUUAUAUCAGACGUCGUUGAACAUCAUCUUACAGUACCUGGAUCAAGACAUGCUUUUCAUAAAAUUAGGCAUCCGCAUAGUAGAGUCUCAAGUGCAGUACCUGAUACCACAGGACAGUGGCCAUUGAGAGAGCGAACUGCUACCCUAGAUCACUUUUCAAGACCCAACACUACUCAUACAUUUAGGUCAGAUACACUUUUUAAAAGAUCGUUCACACCAAUGGAUUUUACUAACAAUACUCGGUCUGGUCAAAACUCUGCAUCAGAUCGAAAUCGUAUAGGUGUUACUGGUGUCAGCCUAGGAAUUUCCCAUUCUAGUAACCAGUCUGAUUCUGCAUACCACCCCCGUCACAGUGUAUAUGAACAAUCACGUGAAGGAGAAGAAGAGUUUCAUUCUGUGUGGGGUCCACAUUUCCAGCAGAAAAACAACAAUCGGAAUCUACCCAGUUCCAGAAAACGAUUUCAGAUGGUUUCCUAGUUUCAGGACAGUCAGUGGACAUGAAGAAUUUAGUAAUAUGGUGCCCAUUUGCUGCAUACAUUAUUGAGGGAUGCAGAUGCAACUGAAAUGGUUAAAUGAGCUCCAUUAGCUAAACUGAGUUAUGAUGGAACAAAGUUCAAGCAGAUAUCAGCAAGUCAAACAAUUACACUUCAGAGAUUAUCUUCUGUAGCUGCUUGUCACAGCAAUAAAUAUGGAAGAAUACAAACUUAUGUAUUGUGUUUACAGUUCAAGCACCUUUCACCCAGUUCUUAAACCACUGGCUGCAAAAACAACAAAUGGGAAUUUGUUGCCUGGGUGAACCGCCUUAUACGUUUGCAGUGGGCAAAGAAAAGAUGUUGCUGUAAGAAAGCUCCUCUAUAAACUGAGCCUAAAUUGUGAAACAGAAAUGUGUGAUAAAGUUUGUUGCAAGAUGUACCAGUAGUAAGCAGUUCUGUAAUCUCAGGGGUCCCUCCAGAUGUUAAAAAAAAAAAAUGGUCAUCUCCUAAACUGUUUGUUUGGAAAUGAUCAGUCUUGUUGGUACCUGAUCAGUAGCUGUAAAUAACAGAUUUUUUUCUCUUCAUUGGAGAACUGAGUCUCUCUUACCGGUAGCAUACAAUAUCUCAGGUCUAAAUUACAUUGUAACACCCCUGCAGAUCUGUUUGUCUGGCCUUUUUAUGUGUCCAAUUGCCACUAUACAGUCUGAUGCAGCAUUGCUGAAGUAUUUGUCAUAGCUCUUGACCCUGGAAGCUGUUACUACUUUGAGUACAAGAGGCAAACAUCAGUUUUCAGGAUAGAGAAGUUUUAUGAACAUUUUCAACUAUCACAGGCUGAUUUAUACCCUAACCAUUCUCAUUAUGUUGUAAAUAUGCACUUCAUGAUUUGCAGUGCGCUCUCUGAUAUUUAAGUAUCUGGGCAGUUCUAGUUAAUUAAACACCAUUCAAGUGUACUGUCUAUAAAGGGCCUUUUGAAAUUAUAAGGUAGACACAGAUGCAAAGGAAGUCCAUAUCCAAAAUUUAAAGAGAGGACUACAUAAUAGCUUCUGAAAGUUACUGAGAAGUCUUCUGAUUUGUUGAUUGUGUAUUGUUUUUCCUUAGCUGCAACCAUUCAUCUCAAAUGAGUGCAUCAAUGAAAUUCUUUCAAAGAGACAUUUUUUUAAUUUUAAUUAUCUAGUGAAUUCCUGCACUCAUAUACUGUGUAUUGUUCAUGCAAAUUAGCUAUAUGAAAUGUGAAGACAUGCUGAGCAUAGUAACAUUUUAGUCUAGCACUUGAAGUGCUGGUGUGUGUGUGUGUGUGUGUGUGUGUGUGUGUGUGUGUGUGUGUGUGUGUGUGUGUAUGUACACGUGUGUCUGCAUACACCCACAUAAAAAAGGUUUAAUAAACAUAUACAAUGUGUCACUGGAACCAUCACCCCAGAUUCAUUAAUUUUAAACAGUGAUCACAUAUUCAGAACUUUUCCAUGACUUUGGCUGUGCUGGUGGUGUGAUUGUUUUGCAAGUAUGACUUUUAAUUACUUAACUGUAAUUAUUUGGUGGAAUCUGGGGUUUAUGAGCUAACUGAUGAGAAGCUUGUAACUUUUAUAAAUCAGUUUCUUCAGAAAUAACAACAUUACUGCUUUACAAAUUAAUUAUAUAUUACUUCCACUUUCCAUUCUUCCACAAAUUAUGUUUUCUAACUUCCCAAGAUCAGAUCAACUGCAGUGUCUGAAAAGUAUGCACACACCCUUAAAGCCAAUUUUAAACAACAAAAGUAAGCAAAUAUGUCUUUAAUGUCUGCAACUCUGUCUGCAACUCUUACUGCUCCAUCCAGUAGACAAUCACAAGCAUUUGGUGCAAGUUUCAGUCAUAGUUAUCAGUCCAUUUAGUGAGCAGGUGAUGAGAUAAGUGGACAACAUGAGGCAGUGGUGUUUGGCUAUGUUGUCCUUAGCAUUUUAUAUUUCAGAAUCUUUAUGGAAUGUGAUUAUCAGAGUGCUCACACCCGAACAUGUUUCAGAUGUCUGUCAGUUCUGGGAGGAAGAAAUCAGAUCUGAAAACCUGAUGACGUGUUUCAUUGACUUUAAAUGUACACAAAAAUAGAAGUUGAUGUUCUUGUAAAAGCUAUGUUCCUAUUACCAUUCUUUUUGUUUUCAAGAUAGCAUACCUACAGCCAUAUUAUUGUAAGAAUUCCUGGGCUCCUUUAACACUUCAUAUAUGUGUGUGUGUGUGUGUGUGUGUGUGUGUGUGUGUGUGUGUGUGUGUGUGUGUGUGUGUGUGUGUGUGUGUGUGUGUGCCUGUGUGUGAUUGUGACCACACAAUUUCUUACUGUGCAACAUUUUUAGUUACAAAGUGUGUGACCAGACUUUAAGUUCAGAUUUAAGGUUGCUGGAUUAGUCUUUCCUUGAAGUAAAACUGUAGUUCUAUGGUAACAAAUUUUGUAUCAUUUCAGGACUGAAACUUGAAAACACUUUUAGGGUAGUACACAAAAUAUUUUUUUACUUAAUGUUUUGAAAGAAGAUGCCUUCAGAGAAGCACUGAGGUCAGUGGGUGGGAUUUUUUAAGAUUCAUUCUCCUGUAUAGCUCAGCCUGCACUGUGCUGUGUAGGCUCAUCAAAGAUCUCAGUGAGUAGUGCUGCCUAUUUAUGGAGUGAAUAUAUUUAUACAUCUCCCUGGUGGUGUAGUAGCAAUCAUUGCAACACCUUCCAACUAGUCCAGACAAUUGGAACAAGCAUCUCAUAAUCACUGUAUACCCCAAUUAAAGAAUAGUAUUGCUUUUGUCUAGCGUCCUAUCCCCUUUUCCAGCUUAUGACAGACCCUACCAACAACCUGACCCACAAACUAAAAUAAUCGCGUUCAUUGCAGAGGGUCAUCUCCCACAGCAUCUCCCACCACCAGUGUGGUAUAACAUAAUGUUUGUUCUCAAAAUCAUCUUUAUCAUAUCAAAUAGAAAAUAUAAUGGCCCUUGUCCAGGAACACCACCUUUGCCACCCCUCCUGUGUGCAGAGUGAUACACGCACCUAUAAAGCCAAUUUUCUAACAGCAAAAGUAGGCUUAGAAGGCUCUAUUGACCACAUCCUGUAGGCAGUCACAAACACUCAGUGCUAUGCUGAACUGCUGUAAUAUGUCAUGCCUUCAUGUGAUUGACCAUACCACUUCUUAAAUAUAUGCUAAACAGCAAUUUUAAAUGCAUUCUAUAACUGUAUAUCUAUCUAUCUAAAUCUUUCUUUUCACACAUAUAUAUGUAUACUUAUAUACCAGGCAAUCCUAGAAAAGGAGUGAGUACUGCGGCUAGCCAAACUUACUUCCAUUUUUUCCUUUUAAAGGAUUGCUGCAAGCUCUCUCUCUCUCUCUCUGAUACUAUUGCAUGUUAUAGUUGUGCUUAUCUCAGUGCUUCUGUUACCCACCCUUAAUUUGAAUACCUGUAUCUGCAAUCUGUGUCUAAAUAUGCACACACACACACACACACA